CGCCGCCGGAGACCCGCUCUCUCAUGUAUUGAGUGCCGGCGCCGCAAGCUCAAGUGCGACAGAAAGAGCCCUUGCAGCCGCUGUGUCGCGACCGAGACACAGUGCUCUUACACCACAUACUACCGGGAUAAGCCCCGAGCAGGGCAUGGGCAAGAUAGCCGGAUGCACGUGUCUUCCUCUUCGAUGCCAAGCCCGUCCACUGUCCAUCCGGCAUCUACCCCGUCACAUGUCGAUACCGAUGGUCCAACGAACUCGACACUCGGUUCAGCUGAGUCGUCAACCGCACCAGCGGCUGACGAGAUCCAGAUUCCAAAUCGCCCUCGGCUUCUGAACCCUGAGCUCCAGGAUCUUAGAGGUAGGGUGCCAGUGCACGAUCUAUCCCAGGCAGGCCGGGAUAUGCUCACUGGUGAGCCGGGUUUGCCGGACGCCCGUAUCAUUUUGAACAAGACGAGGAUUAUGAGAUGGAGUCAUUGGGUUGGCAUAGCAAAAGAGGUGCCUUGCGGCUUUGGCGACAUCAACGCCUUUCAUAACGCCGAGACGAGAGAAUCCAUUCUUGAAGUCAGCGAGCUGCUCCAGAAAUGCAAAAGCGUAGCCAGAAGCCUCAAAACCGGGCGGCCGAGUAGAUGCCUUUCCUCGCUGAACUUUGAUCUUACACCCCCUACUCGCGAGGUGGCAGACAAGAUGACAACCUUGUACUUUCAGUCCUUUGAGUCAACUCAUCGCAUCCUCCAUCAGCCGACCUUCUGGAAAGUCUACGAAAGGUUCUGGAGUAGCCCAGAGAGCGCUUCGGCCAAGUUGCGGCUCCAAGUCCUUCUCGUCAUUGCAAUAGGCUCCAGCCUGGCCUCGCAUUCGGGAGCUAAUGCCGGACUUCGCAAUAUGGUCCAUCAAUGGAUAUAUGCAGCAGAAAUCUGGCUCUCAGGCCCACUGGAAAAAGACCGCCUCGAUAUAUCCGGGCUCCAGAUACACUGUCUGGUGAUGCUGGCACGACAAAUCUUCUCCAUUGGAGGCGACCUCGUCUGGAUAUCCUCGGGGUCGCUCAUCCAUCGGGCAAUGCAGAUUGGCUUGCACCGAGACCCCAGGCACCUUCCAAACAUGUCUGUGCUGCAGACGCAGUUACGCAGACGAUUAUGGGCUACGAUAUUGGAGUUGGUUGUUCAGUCGUCCCUGGAUUCGGCUUUACCGCCGAGGAUCUCUUUUGACGAAUUUGACACGGAGCCGCCCGCCAAUUGCAAUGACCAAGAUAUAGAAGAGCCAGUGCCUGAGCUGAAGCCUCACAGCCGAGAACGGUUCACUGGAACGUCUUUGCAGCUCAUUCUACUCGAUUCGUUACCAACGCGUUUACGUAUCCUCAGCCUCCUGAACGGCCUGCACUCGGAGUUGUCCUAUCUAGACGUGCUUGACUUGAGCACGGAUAUUCUCGAGGCAUGUCGUCGUUCGAACGCCUUUUUUAGGGAUAAUCAAGCCUCUGGAAUGACUCCGUUCCACCACAAUCUGGUUGACUACCUCCUACGUCGGUUCCUGAUUCCCCUUCAUUGUCCGUUUGCGCACAAGGCACGGACGAACCCGCUGUUACACUAUUCGCUCAAGGUCAGUCUAGAUGCUGCCAUGGCUAUAGUCUAUCCAGAGCCAGAUGAAGGUUUCUCCAGUCUGAUGGCAAUUGGUGGAGGCCUGUUCAGGGAGGGUAUUCGAUAUGCGACUAGUAUCAUCAGUCUGGAGCUUCUGACACAGAUUGAAGCCCACUAUAAAGAUGGAACUUUACAUCGAAGUUCGCACUCCAUUAGCCACUUGAAGAAGGCGAUGGAGGAUUUGAUGAGUCUUUCCCUGGAGCGCGUUCGUCAAGGGGAGACUAACGUCAAAAACCACAUGUUCUUGUCCAUGGUCAUGGCUCAAGCGGAGGCUAUGGAACGGGGUGAAUCCGGUCAACUUCGCAUCGCGAAGAGCGCCAGAGAUAGUGUUUUGCUGAGCCUGGAACUACUACAAAGCACUCUUGGUGAUUCUCCUGUGGCAACUUCUGUCCAAGAGUUCGAUUCCGCAAGCUUC